UGAAAUCCUCAUCGUGAACGCGAGCAAGAGCAAUUAGUAACAAGAGCCAUAGUGUUUUUUUUCAAAACGGGAGGCAAGAGCAGUGUAGUAAUCGACUGAAACGCCAUUUUUGUCUGCUUUUCGUCGGUAUACACAUCGUAAAAUUGAUACAUCGGAGACAUAGGGAACAAGAGUGUAAUUCUUUUUUUCGUUCUGUAUUUUUUCUUUCUUUCAAAGUGAAAAAGUGCGAGCAAAUCGUAUGCCAAUAAAUUUUGCUUAUUGGUGAUUCGACUGUGAAUCAAUGUUUAACCUCCUGACUUCAGACGCAGCCAACGACAAAUAACAAAUCAUAUUACCAUAAUCUGUGCAUUGUGUUUCCCCCAUUCAUCCCAUCACAAAUCAACCGAAAACACACAUACACACACACCCCCAAACAAACAAAUAAACAAAAAAGAAAAUAAACAAACAAACGAAAAACCAUCCAAAAUAUUAAUAAACACUUGUACAUUGUUUAGCUCAUGAGUAGUAUUCGGGAAGCGGCGGAAAGAGAUCGCAUCACUGUUAAAAUUCAUAAUAUGAAACGUAGCGCUUCGCGCGAAUCACCAUUACGAACGAAACGAGGUAGACCAGGAAGUAUGGGACGAUACGAUGAUAGUUCGGAUGAACGUAUGAGCCCUGAUCGCUUACGGCGUCGUGUGGCGGCUCGUACACCAAGCCCACGUUUACGCUACAUUUCACAUUCACCCCAUCGCGAAGAGUAUGUACGGGCACCACGUGAACCGCCACAUGAACGUAGCCAUCCAUACAAGGUGCUGUGCGUAAGUCCAUUGCAUCCGAAAGCAAGUGACGAAUUUAUCAAGGAAACAUUGUUCCGUGAAUACAAGAAAUUUGGCGAUUUUAGCAUUCGCAUUUCGCAUGAUCUUGAGGAACGGGUUGCAUACGUUUGUUUCCGUACAUCGGAAGAUGCUAGAGAAGCAAAGCAUGCUAAGCCCAGAAUCGUUCUCUACGAUAAAGUUGCGCUGGUAGAACCAGUCUAUGAAUCUCGUGCAAGCAAGUACGAGUACAGCAAGCGAUCCAUUUCACCGGAGUACGAGCGACCCUAUUACGGCGCAUCACCUGUGCCCGAUCGUCGUCGUGUACCACCUGACAUGUACGAGCGUUAUGGUGGUCCACCACCACACGUGAUGGGGCAUCAUCCAAGGGAAUUCAGACCACCAUUGCACCAUGAAUCAGUUUAUAUGCCACGUGGACCGCCAAUGCAUCAUGCUCAUCCUCCACCUCAUAUGCAUCAUCCACCACAUCCACAUUAUGUUCCACGGCAUAUCGUACCGCGUCACCCGAUCCCCGAGAAUAAAAAAGAAAACAAAUUUCCGAAUUAUUUGCACCAUGUUCAGCCAGAGGAAGAUCCUUUGGCCACUCGAACUCUGUUUGCAGGAAAUCUUGAAAUCAAUAUUUCGGAGGAAGAGCUGCGCCGCAUUUUCGGCAAGUAUGGCGUUUUAGAGGAUAUCGAUAUAAAGCGUCCAGCUCCCGGUACAGGUAAUGCAUUUGCGUUCGUACGCUUCCAAAACUUGGAUAUGGCACAUCGCGCCAAAGUCGAACUCUCCGGUCAAUACAUCGGAAAGUUCCAAUGCAAAAUUGGGUACGGCAAGGCAACGCCUACUACACGUAUUUGGGUUGGUGGCUUAGGUUCAUGGACAUCGAUUACACAGCUCGAACGUGAAUUCGAUCGUUUCGGUGUGAUCAAGAAGAUUGAGUAUCAGAAGGGUGACACACAGGCAUACAUACUGUAUGAAUCGAUUGAGGCCGCACAAGCAGCGGUCAAAGAGAUGCGAGGUUUUACAUUGGGUGGCCCAGAUAGACGUUUGCGUAUCGAUUUCUCCGAUCCAAAUCCACCAACAGCACCGGCAUUCAAACCGAAACCGCCCAGUGCCGGAUACGAUGAACAAGCCGAUCACUAUCGACGACCAGACUAUGACUACCAUGAGCCACAUCAUUAUGACGAGAGUGGAUACUAUCCACCAUACGUAUCUAGAGGCGGUUAUCGUGGUCGUGGACGCGGCAGAGGCAGCUAUCGUGGUGCAUAUUCGGGACACGAAAAUCAUCGUCCACCACCAGAAGAGGAAUGGAGGCGUUCAACAUCUGAGGCUGACUACGAAAGUAGGCCACCACGCCAUGCAAUUUCAAGAGAACCAGGUGUGGAACGUUCACGUUCUCGUUCACCAGUUACGAGACGCCGCAGCCCAGACUCCGAUUCAGAUUCGUCGAGCCGACGCAAUGGCAUGCUAAGCGCCGCACGUACACUACCAGAAGUGGCCAGAAAAUGUACCACAUUGUGGAAUGGUGCUUUGAUCCUCAAGAGUUCACUAUUCCCGGCUAAGUUCCACUUAACCGACGGUGACACUGACAUUGUUGACGGUUUGAUGAAAGAUGAGGAUGGCAAACCACAUUUGCGUAUCACGCAACGAUUGCGUCUCGACCAGCCAAAAUUGGAAGAUGUUCAAAAGAGGAUAUCCACAUCAUCGUCGCAUGCAAUCUUCCUUGGUUUGGCUGGUUCAACACAAUCCGUUCAAAUUGAUGAUGCCAGCGUGCAAACCAGACCGCUACGCAAUUUAGUGUCGUAUCUCAAGCAAAAAGAAGCAGCCGGCGUCAUUUCGCUGCUGAACAAAGAGACCGAGGCCACCGGCGUCUUGUACGCAUUCCCGCCCUGUGACUUUUCAUCUGAAUUAUUAAAACGAACGUGUCACAAUAUUACGGAAGAUGGUUUGAAGGAAGACCAUUUGGUGAUUGUCGUAGUGCGUGGUGGUACUGCAUAAAACCAGUACAUACAACCAACAAACAAAUUUCUUUUUUCCAUUCUCAAAAUAUUAAACAAACAAACAAAAAUACAAUUCACUAUGAAUAUCCAUUUAAAAUUAGGUGAGUGCAUUCAAUAGAUAAUCAAAAGUAUUUAAAAACAAACAUUUAAUCCAACAUUUUUCGUUGUGAAGUGACCAUCUGAUAUUUUGAACCAAAAACAAAAAUCAGCCUUUGGAUUUGUUAUAUAUUUGUGCUCUAGAGUGAUGUUUUUUUUUUAGACAAAUUGAACAGAAAACAAAUUGAUUCGACCGAAAUAUGCAAAAUGAACAUCAUUUGUCCAGUAGUUGUGUUUUUAUAAUUGGUUCAUUUCAAUGGCGAAUGUUCUUUUGAUCGAAAGAAACAGAGAAAAAAAAUACAGUAUUUUCAUUGUGAUUUUUUUUUAUAUUUGAAGUUUUACAAAUGCCAACCAGUCGAACAAGUUUUCACAAAAAAAAAACAAUUCAAUGACACCGAAAAGAAAAAAAAAUCAAAUGGCCAUCAUUUCGACUAAUUGAAUUCCGAUCAUUUUCUUUUUCCAACUUUUUUCAGAUUUAAAAUAGGACUACAGUGUAAAUUGCAACAGAAAAUCGAGUGAAUCGGUUUGUGCGAGUGAGUGUUUUUGACGUGAAAAAAAUAAAAAGUUAUCGAGAACAUAAAAUACGCAAUGUCUGAAUAUCGCAACGAGCAAACGUAAAAAAAGAUAAAAAUGAAUCAUUAUGCGAAUGAUAAAUUAGAAUUUCAACGAGCCAGUUGGAUGUGGUAGCGCAAUGCACAUGGAAAAUUUGGUUUUAAUUUUCUAAUUCAAUGCAAAUAUCGGCACUUGACACAUUUAACUUAGAUUUUAUUAAAAUCUUUUUAAUUUUUCUUUUAAUUUUCCACAUUUGCACCAUUUAAAAUAUGACACACGGUGGUUUAGUAGGAAGAAUUAAAAAAAAAAUACACAAACAUUGAUUACUCCUUGCCUUGGCUCAUUUUAAAUAAUUGUGCGCCAUGAAUGCAUUGCACUGCUGCGACCAACGCUCACAAUAGUUAAGUUGAUAAUAUUGAUUGUUUAAUGAAAUAUCGAAACAAAAAAUGAAUGUAAUAGUGAAUAACGAAGUUUCAGUUAUACAAAAUGAAAACAACCACAGCAACCCUUUAUUUUACGCAUGAAAAUUAAUAACAACAACAACAACAACAACAAAAAGAUGAAAAGAAAAAAAACAAACAAUGGAAGUUACAAUAUGAUGUGCUCGCUUCUAAGAUGUAUAUGAUAUAUAUGUUUCUGAGUAUAUUACAAAUAUAAUGCGAAUCAAAAAACGAAAAAAACAAAACCGAAAACAGAUCAUGGAAGAAAAAACACAACAAAAAUAAUUCGAUGAUGAUGAUGUUUCGUCAAAAUUGUGAAAGUUUCAGUUCAGUUUUUCUGUAGUUUAUCGUUUCUUAUGGUUUGAACUAAUGAACAUCAACGUCAAAAUGGUUUUGUCAAAUUCGGCCGAAUGUAACCGACAACACGACAUAUGAGAAAAAAAAGAAGAAUAUGUACACUUGAACAGUAAUUUUGCCAUGAAAUUUUCGAGCUGAUCUCUAGAUCCAUUGAUCGAUCGACCGACCGACCAAACGAACGAAGUUUGCGCACAAAACCAAACCCCGGGGUGACAGUAAUGACCACUUUUUCCAUGAUGAAGUUUGUUCAAGUGAAUUGUUUCCAAAAAUGAAGAAAAAAAAUGAACGUAAAAUUUAACAGAAAUUCAGUUCCGAAAAUGAAGUUUGACAAGUUAGUUUUUGGUUUAUUUGUUUUGUGCAUGUGAGACGGAAAAUUCCAAAUGUUACCUACCUACCGAUAAGAGAGUUUUUCCAACAAAAAUUCGGUCUGUUCUGUGAAAAUGAAACGACACACAAAAUAAAAAUGACAAAUGAACAUGUUGGGGAAAGAGAUUUAACAAAGCGUCUUGAUCGUUUUAAUUUUUUUUUUUGGAUGUAAUUGACGUUUUCUGUCAUAUUGUGAAUUUCCAGUGGUUCAUCUUUAUUAAGUUUUAUUUUUUUAUUUAGUGAAACGUUUCCAACAAAAAUACACACACACGAUUGACGUCUUCAACGUAUCUCCACCCUUAAAUUUGCAACAACAAAAAAAUGAAGCAAAGUUCAGUUUUGUUUGUUUAUUUCUUUCCCAACGCCAUUAACGUCGCGUUGUCAACCAAUAAAAUCCUGUGCACGCGAGAUCCGAUUUGUCAAAUACAGUUCAUUUGCAAUGCUAUCGUUUAUUUAGUUUUGGUUUCACAUCCUAUCUAUUUUGGUUUUUCACUGCGCGAUUAUUUACGAUCUCUUUGCCAUGAUGCACGUUUGCAUUAUAGCCAGGGGUGGGUUCAGUUUACAUGCAAAUUGUUCAUAAAUAAGUUCGGUUUGUGUCUGUUUCUCUCUAUGUGUGUGCGUGUAUGUGAAAUGAAAAUAGUUAUUUCAGUACAAUCAUAGUCCAGUGUCGGUUGAUAAACAUCGAUAUCGAGAUGAACAACAGUACGGUUUCUUUAUUACAGUGACAAUUGUUCAAUCUUGCAUGUUGAUUUUAGUUUCGAUUCUUUGGGUUUUUUUUUAAUUUGAUAUCGUCCAAAACAAUUGACAAGAAAAUGUCGCAUAGAAAUUGAGAAGUUGUUUCAAGUGUGGCCGCUCCCUUUGCCAAAAAGGGAGCGCAUAAUUGUUCUCUUUCAAAAACACCGACUAAUUACAAUCAUCAUCGUGAAAACAGAAAAUUCAACGAAACAGUGUGUUGUCGUGCCAAUAAAGAUGAAAUUUAUUCAAUGUUGUUUUUUUUUCGUUUUACACAUUUCGAAUAACGAUCAUACGAAAGUAAAACAUAUAGUUUGAUCACAUUUUUCGAUUGUAUCGGAAAAUUGAUUUCGGUUCUUCAAAAUAUGAAUUUAAAUUUAUCUUGCAAGAUUCAAUGAAAAUCCAAGAAGAAGAAAAAAAUGGUUCGGUUUAAUGGAUUAUGGAACAAACGAAAAAAAAACGGGCGGUCAGUGAGCAAAAUGAAAUGAUUUAUGUGAAUGAUCAAUAAAAGUUUUAUUUUUAUCGUUUUCCUUUUGUUCUUUUUAUAUUACGAAUCUUGAGGGAGAGAGAGAAAAAAACAACCAUAUAUAACUUUAUGACCAUUCAGCAAAAGCUUGCGAACGAAAAUAAUCUUACGAAUGAAUUAGUAUUUACUCAGUAUACACUCUAUCCCAUAUUCAAUAUAAUUAAAUAAAAAUAAGCAAAAAAAACAAUAAAAUAGUAAAAAUUCAA